CACAGGCAUACAGAUGUAAGUUUAAUCCAGGGAAGAGUCAGAGCAGGGGGAGUGAGUAUGGGGUUGCCCCUUUGCUAACGUGCAGUAGUAGAAUAUUCAGUUGGCGGCGUGACUGUCAAGGCGGACUCAGAAGAGGAGAUGAAAACGUCCAGGACCUGUGUGUUCACAUUUGAUUCUUCCGAGCUCUUUGUGUGGAUCUAUGCUUUUUUACUAUUAAAGCUUGGCGGCAAGAGGUGUUAUCUCUUGCACUGAGGAAAUUGCAAGACUCUAAAUUAGCCUGUCAGCCCCUGAUGAGCGUCUGAUUUCAUGUCAAAGCGAGAAGAGGACACCCAAAUGAAUCCAGGAAAUUUGAAAAGGGAAGUUCCCACACGCUCGGCUUCUUUCAGACUCUGGUUUUAAGAAGAUUUCAAUAUUUUUAUUUUAUUUUUCAUAGCCUUUUACUGGACCUGUGUUUUUCUUAAUCUGAGGUCUUACCGCUCCCUGAGGCAGAGAUGCUGCAAUGAUGUGCUUGAAAUCUGACUUCCUAUGAGAGGAUUUGUUCUUCACCUGAUCACCAGUUCUUCCAUAUUUGAAGACAUUCUGAUUUGCCCCCCUUCUUUUUUUUGUACUGAAUAUUGUGCGCAGGUCAGUCAAAUCAGCAAAUUUGGGCAGUGAUAUGUAACAGAGGCACAGAGUGUACUGCUGGAUUUUUUUUUGCCUUAACUAUUUCACGCCCCUGAGGGGAUCCUCAGACGUCGUUCCAUCUCUGGAAGUUUGCUUACUUUACCUGACCGAGCCAAAGGACAGUUUGAAUAUAGUGUUGGGACAGCCAGCCCAAAGCCAGUAUGCAGGUGUCUUUAGUGUGCACGGACCAUCGUGGGGGGGUCAGCCGCACCACGGAGGACCGGCUAAACCGACAGAAUGCCAACAGCCCAAACACAGGCACACGCAGCAAGUUCAGGGCUGUGGCUAUAGUGGCUCGCAGCCUCGGACAACUCUCUGUGCAGAGCGUGCCAUCAUCCAGCGAGCAAAGCAUGAGGACUGGCAUGAAGUAUAGAAACCUCGGGAAGUCGGGCCUGCGGGUGUCCUGCCUCGGAUUAGGAACAUGGGUGACAUUCGGUGGACAGAUAACAGACGAGAUGGCAGAGCAGCUGAUGACUCUCGCCUAUGAAAAUGGCAUCAAUCUGUUUGACACAGCGGAGGUCUACGCUGCUGGAAAAGCAGAGGUGGUGCUGGGAAACGUCAUAAAGAAGAAAGGAUGGAGACGAUCGAGUCUGGUGAUAACAACAAAGAUCUUCUGGGGCGGAAAGGCGGAGACUGAGAGAGGUUUAUCUCGAAAACACAUUAUAGAAGGUUUAAAAGCCUCUUUAGAAAGACUGCAGUUAGACUAUGUGGACGUGGUUUUUGCAAACAGACCGGACCCUAAUACACCGAUGGAAGAAACUGUUCGAGCAAUGACCCAUGUGAUAAACCAGGGCAUGGCUAUGUACUGGGGAACAUCCCGCUGGAGUCCAAUGGAGAUAAUGGAAGCGUACUCAGUGGCACGACAGUUCAACCAGAUCCCUCCCAUCUGUGAGCAGGCUGAGUACCACAUGUUCCAGAGAGAGAAGGUGGAGGUGCAGCUACCAGAGCUCUUUCAUAAGAUAGGUGUGGGGGCCAUGACGUGGUCACCCUUGGCCUGUGGGAUCAUCUCAGGGAAAUACGACGGCAGGGUGCCUCCCUACUCUCGGGCUUCUCUGAAGGGUUACCAGUGGUUGAAGGACAAGAUCUUGAGUGAGGAGGGCCGGCGUCAGCAGGCGAAGUUGAAAGAGCUGCAGGCAAUCGCGGAGCGGCUGGGCUGCACUCUGCCCCAACUCGCCAUCGCGUGGUGUCUACGGAACGAGGGGGUGAGCUCUGUGCUUUUAGGGGCUUCCAACACGGACCAGCUGAUGGAGAACAUAGGAGCAAUACAGGUUCUUCCAAAGCUGUCGUCGUCCAUCACACACGAGGUGGACAGCAUCCUGGGGAACAAGCCGUACAGUAAAAAGGACUACCGCUCCUAACGUGCAGAACGGCCCCGCCCGGCAGGGCUGCACCCGGGCUGCAAGCUGCAGCGCCCCACCUUUGCCUGAUCCUCUGUUUGCUUGAGCUUUUACUGAGUGAGACCCUGGCGCAUGAGUCUGGCCACACCAAGGCCACCCAGGGCAUCUCAUUUAGAGUCACAGGGAUAAGAUAAGAAAAAGGAGGAAAAAAUACAGUCACCUCCACAGGGAAGAAGGGAUAGACAAUGAAAGACAAGAAGUGGAUGAGAGGUUAGGGAUAUGCGCUCAUACUUAAAUCAGUUAUACAUCCAAUUCAGCUGAACAUAUUUUCAAAAACUUAGAGAAAACUAUCUUUAAAAAAAUUUUAAAAAAAGCACACGCUUGCUUGGCAGCUUUUUUUUUGCUUUUUUUUUUCUAGAACUGAAUGCAACUCAAAAGGAAGAAAAAGUUCAUACUGUACGAAUCUAGGAGAAUACUCUGUUGCACAUGUACCAUAGCCAUGCAUUUGUUCUCUGGGCGUUGUGUUUACAAACACGUGUGUACUGUACUUAGUCUGUCAAGGUUUCUCUGGAAAAAAAAAAAAAACUCUUUGUUUGUGUUGUUAACAUUAUCGGUGUACGAGCCUCUUUGUGGGCUUUAACAAUCAGCACUUUAGUACGGUCAGAACAGGUGAUGGAGAGUAGUUUCAAGGAGGGAAGAGGGUGGGGAUUACAGCAGUCAUAUCUCACAGCCAUUGCACUAUGGAUUCAUAUCGCCUCCUGGUGAUUCCCUCUCCUCAUGUUUUUUUUUAGCCUGAUACUUUGACACUCCUGGAGGAGAGGGGGGGUCUUCUAUCUCAACCCGUGAACGUAUGUCAUGAUGAGUCAGGAGCAUAGGCCGACUUGACAGGGCAACUUGUCUGCCACUGAAGAGAUUAGUAAUUUAUUCAUCCUAAUUGAAGUGGCAUGAAAAUCAAACGCAGAUUAGAGAGAUUUUUUUCACUAUUCUCCCAGGCUGAGGAUUAACUGAACAGAAAGUGGGCAUAUCACUGCUGGCUCCACAUCUCAUGGAAACUCCUCCUUGGUCAUAUUUGUGUUCAAGCAUUUUGCCUUAUUUACAGUUCCAUCGGACUGUGCUGCGGGCUUUGGCGUAGAUGGCUGCCCCCUCUUUUCUAGCCCGCCUGGUCGUGUGUCCCCUUGUAAGCACGGGAGCACUGAUUUGUGUCAUGAAGAGGCGGUGUUUCCAGUUGAAUCAGUGGGCGGCAGCAGCUCAGGGAACAGAGCAGGUGGUUUGUAGUUGUGCGUUGGCGUGCACACGGUCAGGAGGUCGUAUUUACUCGUCUGUCUUUCGUUCAUGUGUGGACACUGGGAAGGACCAGUGACAUUUUAGCGUGGCUCGAGCCAAAGAUGAUCUUCUUCUUCUUCUUCUUCAUCACUGAGUGUUUCACUCUCACUUCCUGCAAGAUUAUAGAAACUCAUCUUAACGCAUGUGCUGUCCAGCUUGUUAUCUAUCUAUGGGAUGGACUUUACUCCAUAUAUAUCUUUACUUGACGAUGCUCUUAUACUAAUAAACAAAUACGUCCUUCAUAUACAGAAUGCAUAGUAAAGCUUUCCUGCUUUAGGAUCGGUAAGGAUCGUUUUCAGGGGACGUACAACCUGAGACAUGUCAGAAGUACUAACGCAAAAAAAAAAAAAUUAAACCACCCUAUAUCAUUCUCUCACCUUUGGGUGCUCUCUUACUGUGAUUAAAGCACAAGUGGAUAGCAUGUGAUACAUCCUCAAAGCAUGGACCCUCUUCUUCACCCAGCGCAUCGUACAAAACGUACGGGACAAACAAGGUGAUACUACUCCGCUUACUAACACGUGUAGAUAAGAAAUCUUAACCAACAGCUGAUGAAGUUUUUAAUCAUAGCAAAAAAAUACUGAUGAAUAAAACUGUCAUAUUAGUGCGAGUGAGGACGUGAAUGAGAUGUAGAGCUUCUUAUUUGAAGGAGAUAAUCAAAGCAAGUGUAACUCUGAAGGUGUAUGUUAACGAGCGUUACAGUCGAGGAGAUUUUAAACAACAGCUAAGUGAUUCAAUGUCCCUGCUGUUGAUCCUGUUUGUGUGUCCGUCUCUGUGUGUGUCUCUUGCUUUAGUCUGUCGUAUAAACUGUUCCCUGUAUACAUUUUGGUUUUUGCUGUGACUGAGUGAAUAAUAUUGGUGCAAGUUGAUGUUUUCAAAGAAGACAAAAAAAAAGAAAAUUAAAGAUAAGCAAAGAAAAUUCAAAUCAUUUGUGGAGUUCCUGUUUCACAAUGUUUUUAUCUGCAGGGAGACGGGAGGAAGUGUAAGACUUAAAGGGCCAGUUCAAACAUUAUGGGAAGAAGACUUUCUCGCUUGUCUAGAGUUAAAAGAAGAAAAAAAAAGAUUCUUAUCAGACAUAUCUGUAUGUUAGAGCUGGCUAACUUAGCUUAGCAUGAAGACUGAAAGAUUAGCGGAAAUGCUAGCAUGACUGUCCUGAGGUGACAAAAUCCUGCUCUUCUCCCUAAGCCCGCUAGUUAACCAGUGAUAUGUUGAGUGUUUUAUUUAAACCUAAACCAAAAUGUAAAAACAAUUUAACGUCUCCAUGUACCAGAUUAUUUGUUACUUUGUAGGGAACCAGCAGAAACCCAACCAAGGGAUAGUCGUCUGUUAGCUAAGCAGUUUGUCUUUUUUCUUACUUCACUUCUUUUUACUGUAACAACUAGCCAAAGAUAAUCGCAACACUUAGUCUAGUGGAAGCUGUAUAAAGGAGAAAAAUCAGAUUUUUAUGGCCUCAGUACCAGAGUAGGUGACACGUUGCUGUAUGAAAAGCUGUCACUGUUUCUUCUUCUAUGUGCAAAGUUUAAAUUGCAUUUUCAGAGAAGAACUAGAAGAUUCUAAAGAUGUUUCAACUUUGUUUCAACAAACACAUGUUCUGAAUCCCAAGAUGCAAUUUGUUAGUGUCCCAUAGAAAAUGGUCCUGCUUAAUUUAACAUUACCGAAACAACAGAAGGCAGCAGAGCUCUUAGGACCGGGGUGGGGAAGCUUUUCAAGGGAGAACUUGUAACAGCCUAUUGUUGUUUCUCCACUUUAUUUCUUGCAUGAUAAAACUAAAUUAUGUACUAAGUCUCCAUUUCUAAGCUUCAGAGGAGCUGUUACAGGUGUUACCUUUGAACAGAGCCAGGUUAGCCGUUUCCACUUCUCCAGUCUCUAUGCUAAGCUAAGUUAGCUCGUAGGUUACAGAAAUGAGAGUGGUAUUAUCUUCUUUCACAGCAAGAAAGCAACAGAUCUCUUUCCAGAAAUGUCAAACAUGUCCUUAUUAAACGGUAUCGCUGUGCAUUUAGUUUGACCAUCAGAGUGAUUUCACACUGUGCUGACCUGCCCCACAAACAUCUUGUGGUGUUUCAAGGAUUCUGCAUGUUGUAGAAAUAUCUGGUCGUGUUUCAAGGCUGACGUGUGGUCACCUGGUGUCCUUUCCUGUGUAGGAUAAAAUCAUGCUUUAAGUGUUCAAAGUUUCAUCAGAUUCGCUGUUCUGCCAUUCAAAAUGACAAGUUCAGAGAUGAAACCAGAGCCACUGAUAGAUAGAGCUUAUUUUACAGAGGGGUUUAGGUUAAACAGAAUAUAUUUUUAGGUUUUAGCCUUGAAUGCAGUAGAGAGAAUUCAAAGAACUGUUUUUUUUUUCAUCAUGCUGCAUUUUUCCUAUCGGUAUUGUGUUGAUUUUGAGACUGACUAAAAGAAGCAAUUCUUUGUGUUGUAUGGAUAAUGAAGAUGAUGAGGAAUGCUAUGAAGCGAAUGAAACAGAGGGCUGAAUUCACUCUGAAGAUGACGUCAUGAGAGCCUGGUGUCUCCUGUACAUAGUUUGACCUUAUGUAUAUAGAUUUCUGGUUGUGAUCACCUCUGCCUUUUUUUUUUUCUCUUUUCUUUUCUUUAGUUUCUUUUUUUUUCUCGCAGGCGUUGCUAUCUGCACUGUGCUUGAAUAUGAAUUUAGACAGGAUGUACAGCUUUGAUCUUCAAUGAAAAUGAAAUAAUGAUAAAAUAAGAAUGGUAAACAA